AUGGUCUUACACCAUGAAGUACCACUGGAUCCAGCAGUUUCACCAACAGAGACUGAGCUGAGAAUAAAGGGGAUCAAGGAGAAACUAGACCAGCUGAUCCCACCCAGACCCUUCACCCACGUGAGCUCCACCACCAGCGCCACACACAGCAAAGCCACCCUCCUCAGCCCUCGAGACACAUACUGCAGGGGGGAUCAGCUAGACGUCCUGCUGGAGGUGAGGAACCACUUGGGACGCAGGAAGGAAUAUGGCGGGGAUUUCCUGAGGGCCAGGAUGUCCUCCUCAGCCCUGAAGGCAGGCGCUUCGGGAAAGGUGACAGACUUCAACAAUGGCACCUACCUUGUCAGCUUCACCCUGUUCUGGGAGGGCCGGGUGUCUCUGUCUGUCCUGCUCAUCCUCCCCAGUGAAGGGGUGUUGGCUCUCUGGAGGGCAAGGAACCAAGGCUAUGACAGGGUGAUCUUCACAGGCCAGUUUGCCAAUGGCACCUCCCAUGUCAAUACUGAUUGCGCCCUGGUUUUAAAUUCAAGUGCUGAACUGUGUGAGAACCUGGAUACUCGUGUCCAAGAAGCCUUUUACUAA